AUGAGUGCGGAUAUGCAGCAGUUCAUCGUCCGCCAGGUGAACCUCUACCGCAAUCAGGUGGCCUCCGGCGCAUUUAGAAAAUGGCCGCCCGCCGAGCGCAUGGCCACCGUCCAGUGGGACCCUGAGCUGGCAAAAUUGGCAGAGUUUGCGGUCAAGCAGUGCCACCUUGCCACCGACAACUGCCGCAACACCAGACGCUUCAAGCACGUAGGCCAGAUCGUGGGACACGUCAUCUUCAGCGCCAAUCGCUUCAGCCAACGCCAGCUGAUCGGCCACAAGAUCUACAAUUGGUUCAAUCAGUACAAGAAGGCAACAGCAGGGCUCGGGCUGGGACUCCGCAAGGACAUCACCAGCUUCCGCCAGCUGAUCCAGGAGCGUGCCACCCACAUGGGCUGUGGCGUUCUCCAGCAGCAGCGCCACCGCUGGCAACAGCAGUUCAUUGUCUGCAACUUCGCGCGGGAGAAUGUGCACCACGAGCCAGCCUAUGCCAUCGGCCACAAGGCGGCUGCCGGCUGCCAAAAGGGCACCAAUCCCCAGUUCCCCAAUCUGUGCGCCGUGGAGGAGCCCUUUGAUGUGAACGCCGUGGAUCGUUAUGUCCCAAAGCCGACGCUUCUCAUCAAAAUGAAGUACAGUGAGGACGGCAUGGAAUCAAUUGCAGCCAAGUCCAGGCCCAAGCGUGCUUAA